UCUCUCUCUCUGGCUCUCUGAAAGAAAAAAAUAAAUACUACUACAAUGGCGUCAAAGAAGAUUACACUGAAGAGCUCGGAAGGCGAGGCUUUUGAGGUAGAGGAGGCGGUUGCUGUUCAAUCGGAGACCAUCAAGCACAUGAUCGAGGACGAUUGCGUCGACAACGGUAUUCCUCUGCCAAACAUGAGCAGCAAGAUUCUGGCAAUGGUCAUCGAGUACUGCAACAAGCACAAGGACGUGGCUGCUAAUUCCAAUAAUGGUGAGGAUCAGGACCUCAAGGCCUGGGACACCGACUUCGCGAAGGUGGACCAGGCCACACUCGUCGACCUCAUUCUGUCUGCAAACUACUUGAACAUCAAGAGCCUGCUGGACCUCACGUGCCAAGCUGUUGCAGACAUGAUCAAGGGAAAGUCCCCCGAAGAGAUCCGAAUGACUUUUAACAUCAAGAAUGAUUUUACCCCUGAGGAAGAGGAGGCCAUUCGCAAUGAGAACCGAUGGGCUUUUGAAUAGUCAUUAUUACAACUCUUUCCAUGCAGAUUUUUUUUUUUUUUUUUUUAAAACUUUUGAAUGUGGACAAAUAUAUUCAUUAAGUUUAGGUUUAAUUAUUGGUUUGUUUUUUAACAAGCUAAGCAGGAUGUUCUGGUUUUAACAAGUCCUCUAUUCUAAUUGGAUGUCAAUGUUGAAAUUUAAAAAAAGAAAAAAAGAAAAAAAGAAAAAAAGAAAAAAAGAAAAAAAGAAAAAAAGAAAAAAAGAAAAAAAAGAUAAAAAAAGAAAGAAGCUAUAUGACCAAUCUUAGCCAAAAAAAUGUUAAUUUAGCCAAAUUCAUUAAAAAUUGUUUUGAGUUAAAAUGAUAAAAGGGAAUGCAACUAAUU